CUUGCUUUCAUCUGUGGAACUAUGCUCCAAUGAAAGCUGCAGAGCACAAAGCCGUUCAGAUGUCUUUGUAGGUAAUGUAAAGUGUGCAGGAAAUGGCAGAGGCACCUUCAGAAAUUCUGGAUGCUUCCCGUCAUGACAUGUCAACUGAUUCAGAGACCCCUUCCAGCUAUCCUCUGUGUGAUGACACAGGUCAGGGGGACUCAGAUUUGUGGGCUAUUAUUGAGGAGAGUGCGUUUCAGGUUCUGGCUCAGCGGUUCUUGAUAAAAAGGUCCUCUCAUUCCCUCUGUGCCUCAGAGCCGGAUGAGGACAGUAAUUUAUUCUCUAUGACCUUUCCCAGGAAGCUUUGGAAAAUAGUGGGAAGUGACAAAUUUAAGUCUAUUUGGUGGGAUGAGGCUGGGACUUACAUAGUGAUCAAUGAAGAACUCUUCAAAAAGGAAGUGUUGGAAAGAAAGGCCCCCUUCAGAAUAUUCGAAACCGAUAGCAUGAAAAGUUUGGUUCGACAAUUGAACCUGUAUGGAUUCAGGAAAAUGAGACAGAAUUUCCAGAGAUCUGCUUCCCUCCCUGACUUUCUGGCUGAAGAAAAAGGAGUCUCUGCCUCAUGUAAAUUACAGUUCUAUCAGAAUCCAAACUUUGUGCGUGAUUGUCCCCAUCUUAUAGAAAGAAUGAAGAGGAGAAUUGGAAUAAAGACAGCUUCUCGUGGGACUACUCCGUCACCUCCAGAGUUUAAGAACAAACACUUCAGCCCAGACUUGGACAACAUGGAUGACCAUGGUUUGGGUGUAGCUGUUCAAACCAGAAAGAGGAAUCUAUUGUCCAGCCCUAGCAUCUCAAAUGUAUAUCUGAGACAGAAAUCUACUGCCCACGGAGGUUCUGAUACAGUGGAUGGGAUCAGAAGGGACUUUUCUCUUGCAACAUCGAGCUCCUUUAGACCACCUGAAAAAAUACUAACACAUCGCCCUGCUCCCUUAAAUGAGGUGUCCCCUCUCCAUAUGGACUCACAGAGAAUCUACACCCAAGCAAAUGACAGCACUGUGAAUUUCAUUAUAACCUCUAUUCAAAACCACCGGGAUGUGUCCCACUUGUGGAACAGUUGUAUUGAAAUGCAGGCAGAACCGUCUUUUCAACCUGGGUAUCCUCAUUUUUCAUCCAGUUCAUCUACUUAUUCUGACUCAAAAGCAAUUGGUGAACCCAAGUUACCACUAUACAAGGAAAGGGUAGCAUCCAGGGUAGUGUCCUCUACCUUGGCAUCAGCAUUGAGUCAUCAUCCAUCCUCAUGAUGCUAUCAGCUUUCUGAUCACCAACAAUCUACUUGGUGGUUUAUAAAAACAUUCAGGAUAUCAGAGAUUAGAAUUCAUGUUGACAGUCACCUGGGGUAUACCUGAAAUCAUCUCAAUAGAACAAUAAAACUCCAUGUGCACUUUAA